AUGAUCGUAACACAUCAUGAUGAUUGCAAUAAUUGCGACGGCGUCAUAAUCGGAUGGGAUCGUCAUACAGACAGACGUUAUGAAAUUUUGACAGAUAAUCCAAAUAACGCCAGAUGGCGAAAUAAUUCAAUGCAAAUAGACUACUUGCCUUUGAAUCAUUGUAACAAUUAUCAAUUUACAGAACAGCAAACAAAUUAUAUUAUUCUUACCAAUAAUAAUAAAAUAUGUUACGUAAAUGAAGGUAAUCUCACUUUAGCAGCGCCGAAAUGUAUUGAUAAUUCCGAAAUUGGUCGCUAUUUUUGUAAAUUCGAAAAUACGCAUUACGUACCAAAUAAAAUGCUAACGAAACUUUACCCGGAAGACUCCGCUCUAAUUACAUAG